ACGUGGAAUCCGACGCUGUGAAACUGUAAAACAAUCGAAUCUUUUUGUUGGAAGAAUCAGAUCACAUGUCCCCACUAUUCAUUUCUUCUUUUUCCUCAAUCCUUUUUCGAUUUUCACCCUUUCAAGUUUCAACACGCAUAAAUCAGACGUCCAUGCAUGUUUAUGUGGUAUUGCAAUGAAAGAUCACAAAUACAUCUACAAGAAAUAGGCAAAAGAUUCGAGGGAAAAAAAAAGAAUCUUGAAAAAAGAGUGAAAAUGGGUGAUGAUUCGAAUAAGGUAUGUUCAGAUUCUGUUACGAAGACAAUUUCUGAAAUUCUUAAAGAAGUUUCACUCAUCGAUGAUUUUUCCAAGAAAUCGUCGAAGCUGGAAUUUUAUGUUCAUGCACUGGAGCUAGAAAUGACAAAAAUUGAUGCUUUCAAGCGUGAACUUCCUCAUUCCAUGAGCCUGUUAAAGGAUGCGAUUGAGAGAUUGAAGGAGGAGGGUUUGCAGUGGAAGGGAAAAGAUGUGGAGCCAGUGAUUGACAAGAAGAAUUGGAUGAGUUCUGCUCAGCUGUGGAGCACCCCAGUUCACUAUGGGAAUUAUUUUGAUAUCAGAAAUCAAGACUCCAUUUUGCACCAAAAACUAACAUAUAACAAAGAAGAGAAUGGUAAUGGAAAGGAGCACAUAUUUGUUCCAUUUCAGAAACCAUGUAAUGGAACAGUUGGAGAAGAGAAGGGGAUGACCAUAUCAGCUCAUAGUCUAUCCCUGUCCAUUUCAGGCAAUUGUAGGGCACAGCAGCAGCACCAACUGCAGAAGAAACAAAGGAGGUGUUGGUCCCCUGAGUUGCACAAGAGAUUUGUCAGCGCACUCCAUCAGCUUGGAGGUGCACAAGUGGCUACACCAAAGCAAAUUAGAGAACUCAUGAAUGUAGAUGGCCUCACCAACGAUGAAGUGAAAAGCCAUUUGCAGAAAUACAGGCUUCAUAUCCGUAAAAUUCCCACUUCAUCGACUGAUUUGUCGAGUUGCUCGUGGCUAACGCAAGAUCAAUGCAAGGCUAUUGUUGCACAAUCGUGCUCACCACAAGGCCCUUUGCAUCUGGGAGGGUCACCUAAAGGGCUCUCAGCCACCGGUCGCGACAGCAUGGAAGAAGAGGAUGAUAAGUCAGAAAGCCAUAGUUGGAAGGGUCUGCUUCACAAGCCAGUUGAGGAACAACAGUAGUCUGUCAUAACCUCUAAUUUAGCAGAUACUAAUAUAGGAGAAUCAUAAUACAUACAUAUUAUAAAUAAUGCAGUCCUAUAUGGAUUGUGCAUCUUGGUAUGCAGUAUCGAACAUGAUCUAACGGUACAGUUAGUCAACAAUUUUAGUUUCAGUUUAAACUUUAAUAUAGCUCGGUUCUAAUAGGUGCCGACUUUUCUCC